GGAGUGCACUUAAUGGAUAAGCUAAGCAAAUGUGGUGCUAACUACGUGCCCCUUUCUCCUGUUACCUUCCUGGAGAGAGCGGCCACCGUCUAUACCGGCCGUACGUCGGUCAUCUACGAAGGUACCCGUUUCACGUGGAAGCAGACAUAUGAUCGGUGCCGCUGCCUUGCCUCCUCCCUUCGAUCCCUCAACGUGGCAAAGAACGAUGUUGUAUCGGUGCUUGCACCGAAUGUUCCAGCCCUCUACGAGAUGCAUUUCGCAGUGCCCAUGGUCGGGGCCGUUCUCAACACCAUAAAUACACGGCUCGACGCUAAAAAUGUGGCUACCAUUCUCCGCCACUCGGAAGCCAAGGUGUUCUUUGUGGAUUAUCAGUACGUGCAACUGGCAGGGGACGCCUUCAAGUCCCUCGCUGGGGAUGAGUCUGUAACGGCCGAUACAUCCCUACCGUUGGUUGUUGUAAUCGACAAUGUUCAUGCGCCAACGGGUGUCCGGUUGGGCCAGCUCGAGUACGAGCAGCUGGUACAGCGUGGCAACCCCAAGUACGUACCGCAUGUUCCUGAUGAUGAGUGGGACCCAAUCGCUCUGAAUUACACAUCAGGCACCACGUCGGCCCCUAAGGGAGUGGUCUACAGCCACCGUGGAGCCUACCUCAGCACUCUCAGCCUCCUUCUUCAAUGGGAAGUUAGGAGCGAGCCCGUCUACAUGUGGUCACUUCCCAUGUUCCACUGCAAUGGGUGGACCUUCACGUGGGGUAUGGCCGCACGUGGUGGCACCAAUGUGUGCAUCCGCAGCCCGUCUGCGGCGGAGAUGUACCGGGCCAUCUCCAAUCACGGUGUGACCCACAUGUGCUGUGCGCCGGUCGUCUUCAACAUGAUCCUAGAAGCCACGCCGACAGAGCGCAGCCCGAUCACGCCCCCAAUCCAGGUACUCACUGGUGGGGCCCCACCGCCAGCCCCUCUUCUGGAGAAGAUGGAACAGCUUGGAUUCCACGUGACUCACGCCUACGGCCUCACAGAGGCGACGGGGCCCGCCAUGGUUUGCGAGUGGCAAGCAAGGUGGAACCAACUGCCACGAGCCGACCAAGCUAGGAUCAAGGCUCGGCAGGGAAUCAGCGUUCUGACGCUUGCCGAUGCGGAUGUGAAGGACCCGAUCACGAUGGAGAGCGUGGCACGCGACGGGCGGUCCGUCGGGGAGAUCGUCCUACGUGGCAGCAGCAUCAUGAAGGGGUACUACAAGGACUCCACUGCCACGUCAGAAGCCUUCAAAAGCGGUUGGUUACGCACGGGGGACGUGGCCGUGGUCCAUCCAGAUGGAUAUGUGGAGCUCAAGGACAGGUCUAAGGACGUGAUCAUCUCCGGCGGGGAGAACAUAAGCAGCGUUGAGGUGGAGACCGUGCUAUACAGCCACCCAAUGGUGUCAGAGGUCGCCGUAGUGGCAAUGCCACAUCCGCACUGGGGUGAGACCCCGUGUGCUUUUGUGUCCUUGAAAAAGGAGCACUUGAAAGCAGACAGCCGAAAAGUUGACGAGGAAAAAUUCAUUUCUCAUUGCAGAAAAAAUCUGCCGCGUUUUAUGGUUCCAAAACGAGUGGUAUUUUUGAAAGAUCUGCCCAAAACAUCUACAGGAAAAAUCCAAAAAUUCCAGCUCAGGGAAGUGGCUACAACACUGUCAAGUACAGAUAAAUCCUCCCAAAAAUUGCUAACCAAGCCCAACCGUUCGAACACCCGUGGCAACCAGCGGUUCCAGCCGCAUGAACCGCAGUUGCUCGCUCGGUCCCGCCUCUAAGUCUGACAUUCCGUGAGCAUGUAUAUAGCUGCAUAUCCGAAGCAGAGAGAUCGUGUUAUUACGAUAAUGACAAUGAUGUCUUUUCCUUCUAGUUCAGUAUUAUCUUAUUUUGAUCCAGUUGCGUCCAAAGAAGU